UGCCACAUGUCUCUUCUCCCUUCUUCCCCUUUCCCUCAAAUCUGUACUAUCUACUGUUACACACACUCUCUCUCACACACACACACAGAGUAUGUACGUUCAUAUCCUAAAAUCGAUGUUUCCAGAAUCAAAUCCUCUAAAUUCACCUAAACCCUAGCCAAAUAAUUCACGUAAAUGCCCUGCCCUUGCUCCUAAAUUAAACUGUUUUGAAAAAAAAAAAAAAAAAAAAAAAGAAGAAAGAAGUACCUCGUUUAUAUAUCCGGGUCGGGUCGGGUCACCCGUUAAAAUGUCGGAGGUGCCAAUGAGGAGAUACGGUGUUGGAUACGCUUUAGCACCGAAAAAGCAAGCUAGUUUCAUACAAGUUUCUCUAGUGAAUCUCGCAAAGGAAAAAGGAAUCGAUUUAAUCAAAAUCGAUACAGAUAAGCCGUUAAUUGAUCAAGGACCGUUCGAUUGUGUGCUUCAUAAACUCUACGGUGAGGAUUGGCAACGUCAAUUAAAUGAAUACGGUACCAAAAACCCUCAAACCCUUAUUAUCGAUUCUAUCGAAGCAAUUGAACGUUUACAUAACAGGAUUUCAAUGCUUCAGGUUGUAACCGAGCUCGAAAUCGAGUCUCAAACGGCGUCGUUUGGAAUACCUAAGCAAACUGUAAUUUACGACGCGAAAAUGGUGUCCAAUUUAUGCCUUGAAAAUGAAGGUUUGAGAUUCCCUGUGAUUGCGAAACCGUUAGUAGCUGAUGGUAGUGCGAAAUCGCAUAAAAUGUUGCUUGUGUUUAAUAAAGAUGGUUUGAGGAAAUUGAAACCACCUAUUGUGUUACAAGAGUUUGUUAAUCAUGGGGCUGUGAUUUUUAAGGUUUAUGUUGUUGGUGAUUAUGUGAAAUGUGUUAAAAGGAAGUCGUUACCCGAUGUGAAUGAGGAUAGUUUAGGGGGAUUGGAUAGUUACUUGUCGUUUUCGCAAGUUUCGAAUUUGAAUACUUGUGAAAAGAAAGAUGAUAAAUACUAUAAGUUGAUGAACUUGGAAGAUGUAGAAUUGCCCCCUUUGAGUUUUCUUGCUGAUAUAGCUAGAGGAAUUGGGCGUGCGACAAAAUUGCAUCUUUUUAACUUUGAUGUGAUUAGGGAUAAUAGAGUUGGAAAUAGGUAUCUUGUCAUUGAUAUUAACUAUUUCCCUGGGUACGCAAAGAUGCCAAAUUAUGAGAGGGUGUUAACGGACUUUUUUUGGGAUGUAUUGAAUCGGAAUGAUAAGGGGUUGGAGAGUUUAAAGAAGGUUAAUUGCGAAAAGGAAGUUAGGGUUUUGGUCGGGAAUAACGGGUGUGGUGAGGAUGAAGGAGCAUUGCCUGUUUCACCUCUGAAGAUGGAAGAAAACGAGAAACCUAUUCAGGUGUGAAAUGUCAAGUGCAGAACUCAAAACUGGUAUUUGAUUUAAAGCAAGGUGCAGGGACUUAUUUUAGGUAGGGAGUUGGUAUAGCAGUGAAUAAGUAGGUUCUUUGCUUUGAUAUGUCUUCUAUGAAAGCAUUAGAUGGUAAUCUUUGUUCAACUUGUAUAUUCUAUCUUUGCAGUAAGAUAGGUACUUUUGCAGAUACUCUUUAUCAGGAAAACUAAGUUUUUCCUUCAAGGCAAUUGUAAUUCCUGGCUCAAAAUAUCUUAAUGUGCGCCUUUGACAACUUUGAUAAAUGAAUUUUGCUGUUUUCUCGA